GCAGAAGCUUCUUAGUGUAAGAGACGAACAACAAAAACAUCAGAUCGCGAAAAAAGCUUUUCUUGGUUUCUUCCAGUUCCAAUCUCUCUCUCUCUCUCUGUCUCACCACAGCAGAUCAUUUCCGUCGACACGAUGACUUUCACGAUUCCGACGCAAAAUGGGAAUGCCGCAGCAAACCCUGAUGCUGAUACGCAAAGAACCCUGUACCCAUAUGUUACUGGGACCUCAGUGAUCGCCAUCAAGUACAAAGAUGGGAUUUUGAUGGCUGCUGAUAUGGGAGGUUCCUAUGGCUCCACGUUACGUUACAAGAGCAUCGAGCGUAUGAAACCCAUCGGGAAGCACUCUCUUCUCGGCGCCAGUGGGGAAAUCAGUGACUUUCAGGAGAUCCUACGUUACCUCGAUGAACUCAUCUUGUAUGAUAACAUGUGGGAUGACGGUAACUCACUGGGGCCAAAGGAGGUUCACAACUAUCUGACCCGAGUCAUGUAUAACCGGCGAAACAAGUUCAACCCUUUGUGGAACACACUUGUUCUUGGAGGAGUAAAAAAUGGGGAGAAGUAUUUGGGGAUGGUAUCGAUGAUUGGUGUUAGUUUUGAGGACAAUCAUGUUGCCACUGGGUUCGGGAAUCAUCUUGCGAGGCCUAUUCUUCGCGAUGAAUGGCACGAGGACCUCAGCUUUGAAGACGGUGUCAAGCUGCUCGAAAAGUGUAUGAGGGUGCUUCUGUACCGUGACAGAUCAGCUGUCAACAAGCUUCAGAUAGCGAAGAUCACAGAGGAAGGAGUGACGAUCUCACAGCCAUACUCUUUGAAGACGUUCUGGGAAUUCAAGUCGUUCCACAAUCCGACCGUCGGUGCUGAAGGCUCAUGGUAAGGCCGAGAGAAGAACCACCAAACCAACCAACGCAGACAUUGUUGUCUGGGAAUUCUCAUGAAAACUCAGAAAAAGUUUCUUCCUUUAUGAUUAUAUGUGGAAACUGCAAAUGAUCUUGUAGUGGAUGAUAAUGGCGGAUACUGCUGAAACUUUCUUUUUCCUUUUCUUUUUCAAUGACUCGAAUCUGAUUCUGGAUUUUAUUUUGGAUUAUGCAUCUUCAGAUUCAAUGCAUUGAUUAUUUGAAAAAA